CUCUCUCUCUCCUUUGACGCCAUUGUUUUUCAUUUCCAUCCACAGAUCUCUGAAAAUUUCACAAUUCAAACCCUAAUAUAUAUAUAUAUCACUCUGCAUGUGUGUAUAUAUAUAUCUGAUCCCCAAUUUGCCCUUGCUAACCUCUUCUAAACCGAUCGAAAAUCGAUUAUCGUCGGUGGAAUUCUGGAAGGUUCAUGAGGGUUAGUGUGGGGGUAAUCAAAUUAUUUGAUGGAUGAUCGAUAGAUAUGCCUCAACUGCGUAGCGGAGUGCGCAGAGGACGACCUUCGAAGAAGAAGAACCAACCGAUUGCUGCGAUCGAAGAACAACGCGAAGAAGAAGGGAACAAUAAGAGGACGGGGAGAACCGUACGGAAUCGGCAGGGGCGAACUGGACAGAAGCAGAGGAAGGAGGAGAAGGAGCUGGUUUUGGUGGAUGAUGAUGAUGAUGAGAAUGUUGUGAAGGUUAAUAGCCGGAAGACGACGUCGUUUGAAGGUGAAGAAGAAGCAGCAGCUAGGGUUUGGGGGGUUGGGGAGAAGAAGAAGAUGGAUGAGUAUGAUAGUGGUGGCCGGAGCGGCGAUAAGGGCUUGCCUGCUGAAGAUGAAGGAAGCACUGCUCCACUCCCUGAGAGGGUUCAGGUUGGUGGUUCCCCACCAUACAGAAUUGAUAAGAAACUUGGAAAAGGAGGUUUUGGACAGGUAUAUGUUGGUCGCCGCAUUAAUGCUCCAAAUCCAAAUGAAAGAACUGGCCCAGGUGCUAUAGAGGUAGCCUUGAAAUUUGAGCAUAGAAGCAGUAAGGGAUGUAAUUAUGGACCGCCCUAUGAGUGGCAAGUUUACAACUCACUUGGUGGCAGUCAUGGUGUGCCACGAGCACAUUACAAGGGUCGACAAGGAGAUUACUAUAUAAUGGUGAUGGAUAUGCUUGGACCUAGUUUAUGGGAUGUUUGGAAUAACAACUCCCACGCGAUGUCCAUUGAAAUGGUUGCCUGCAUUGCCAUUGAAGCAAUCUCUAUAUUAGAGAAGAUGCACUCCAGAGGAUAUGUGCAUGGAGAUGUAAAGCCUGAGAACUUUUUGCUUGGUCCGCCAGGGACACCUGAUGAGAAAAAACUGUUUCUUGUUGACCUUGGAUUGGCAACCAGGUGGCGUGAUGGUUCUACUGGUCUACAUGUUGAUUAUGAUCAACGGCCAGAUGUUUUUAGGGGAACGGUGCGCUAUGCAAGUGUGCAUGCUCAUCUUGGAAGAACUGGGAGCAGGAGAGAUGAUUUGGAGUCUCUUGCUUACACUCUCAUUUUUCUUCUCCGAGGCCGACUGCCUUGGCAAGGAUAUCAGGGGGAGAACAAAGGGUUCCUUGUAUGCAAGAAGAAGAUGGCAACUUCUCCAGAAACUCUCUGUUGCUUUUGUCCUGCUCCUUUUAGACAGUUUGUAGAGUAUGUGGUGAACUUGAAGUUUGAUGAGGAACCUAACUAUGCAAAAUACAUCUCCCUCUUUGACGGGAUAGUUGGUCCAAAUCCAGAUAUCAGACCCAUCAACACUGAUGGAGCUCAAAAGCUUAUAUUUCAAGUUGGACAUAAAAGAGGAAGAUUAACAAUGGAAGAGGAAGAUGAUGAACAACCGAAGAAGAAGGUAAGAAUGGGAAUGCCUGCAACACAAUGGAUUAGUGUUUACAACGCUCGCCGGCCUAUGAAGCAAAGAUAUCACUAUAAUGUGGCAGAUGUGAGGCUUUCCCAGCAUAUUGAGAAAGGAAAUGAAGAUGGGUUAUUCAUCAGCAGUGUGGCAUCUUGUUCAAACCUGUGGGCCUUGAUCAUGGAUGCAGGCACUGGCUUCAGUUCUCAAGUUUAUGAGCUCUCUCCCUAUUUUCUUCACAAGGAAUGGAUAAUGGAACAAUGGGAGAAGAACUAUUAUAUUAGCGCUAUAGCAGGGGCUACUAAUGGGAGCUCAUUGGUGGUGAUGUCCAAGGGUACCCAGUAUUUACAGCAAUCCUAUAAAGUGAGCGAGUCAUUUCCAUUCAAGUGGAUAAAUAAAAAAUGGAGGGAAGGAUUCUAUGUAACUGCCAUGGCUACUGCAGGAAGUAGAUGGGCAAUUGUCAUGUCUCGUGGAGCAGGAUUUUCUGAUCAGGUUGUGGAACUUGAUUUUCUUUAUCCUAGUGAAGGUAUUCAUCGGAGGUGGGAUGCUGGUUAUCGCAUCACAUCUACUGCAGCAACUUGGGACCAGGCUGCUCUCGUUCUCAGUGUGCCAAGGAGAAAACCUGCAGAUGAAACACAAGAGACUCUUAGGACUACUGCUUUUCCUAGUACACACGUCAAGGAGAAAUGGGCAAAAAAUCUUUAUAUUGCUUCUGUUUGCUAUGGUCGAACUGUUUCAUGAGCUGGUCAGCGUGUUGUCAGGGAAGCUCAUUGAUAUUUUUUUGAUUGCUCAACCUUAGGAGCCAUGGUCCAGUUUUUUCCAUCUAUUGCUCUUUGGUGAAGCGAAGCUCUCCUUGUCUUUUAAAGACAGAUUGAGUCAUCAUGUCAUUUGGGAGUGGAUGUAUGCAAAGCUUUACUUAGCGUCACUAUCACAUAGAAUUGUUACUAACACCUGUGCACUAUGUUUCAAUUAUGUUGAGAUGCUUAUUAGCUAAUGACCAUAAUCUCUUUGUACCCAAUGAUGUUUUGUACUGUCAAAAGUUUGUAUAGUUUUGCAAAAUAAGUACUUGGUUGAAGACAUGCAUGGGUCAUGGUUUGAUUAUUGAUGUUAUUUUGGGAACAUGCAAUUAUAGAAUUUGGAACUGAACCGUAGACCUUUUUUUAUGUCUAUCGUCUUGUUUUUGUUCUUUUUUUACUUCAUUCUUCUAUUUCUGGUCUUGCA